AUGACAGCAACCACAGCGACCUGGAGGAGAAUUGCAUCGUCGGAGAUCUUGCGAAGAUCGUCCCAUGUCAUCUCGGCAACGAGCGACUCUGUCUUCGUCUUUGGCGGCGAGCUGCUCCCGCGACAACCUCGUGAUAACCACGUCCAUAUCGUCAAGCUCAACGAACAAAAUGCCCUCUCCUCCAUUCCAUCCAGCGAGUCCAAUUCCCCUACGCCCCGAGUGGGCACCGCAUCCGCCUGGCUUGAUGGUAAGAUUUAUAUCUUCUCCGGCCGCGGCGGAGAGGCCAUGAGUCCGGUCGAAGAGAAUGGCGCGCUAUGGGCAUUCGACUCCGCCGUCUCAGCCUGGUCUGUUCUCUCUCCCUCGAGCGACAGCGCCCCGCAUCCACCAGCUCGUAGCUACCACAGCCUCGCAAGCAACGGUGUCGACCAGAUAUACCUCCACGCCGGCUGUCCCGAGACGGGCAGACUGUCCGAUCUGUGGUCCUUCGACGUGAACGCUCGGGUCUGGACCCAGCUCGCCGAUGCACCUGCCCCACCUCGGGGUGGCACGUCUGUUGCAUUCAGUGAUGGGUUGUUGUACCGGAUGAACGGCUUCGACGGCAAGACGGAGCAGGGUGGAUCAUUGGACGUCUACGAACCUACGACGAAUAAUUGGAGCACCAAGACAUUCGCUCCUGACGGCACUACCGGGCCUACUCCACGGAGCGUCUGCGCGCUGUUGCCGCUUAAGCUCGGUGGGAACGCCACGCUUGUGACGCUGUUCGGCGAGCACGACCCCAGUUCCCUGGGGCAUCAGGGUGCGGGAAAGAUGCUGGGAGAUGUGUGGGCGUAUGACGUUCAGACGGCGGCGUGGAGCGAGGUGGCUGUGACGAAUAGCGAGUCAGAUAGGCCGUUGCCUAGAGGAUGGUUCGCUGCGGAUGUGGUCGGUGGAGAUAAGAUUGUGGUGCAGGGAGGUCUUGGGGAGACAAAUGAGAGAUUGGACGAUCUGUGGAUAUUGAGCUUCUAA